AUGGUGACAAAGUUCUACCAGCACAGUCUUGCCUUGGCGUUUGCUGUAAAUGAGAUUAAUGAGAAUCCUAAGAUUUUGCCAAACGUCACCCUUGGAUUCCACAUCUAUGACAGCUACUAUUAUGAAAGGUUGACAUAUCGUAGCAUUCUGGACCUGCUCUUCAGAUCACACAGAUUAGCUCCUAACUACAAGUGUUCAGCCUCAAAGAAACUAAUGAUUGUGAUUGGAGGACAUGGCUCUGAUAUCUCCAACUGUAUUUCAGGCAUCUUAGGUCUCUACAAAAUUCCACAGCUGCACCAGUUUCUUCAAGGAAUGUCAUUUAACAACUCAGCUGGAGAAACGAUGUCUUUUGAUGAGAACAGGGAAAUGGGAGCUGGCUUUGACCUCCUGAACAUGAUCACCUUUCCAAACAACUCCAUCAUUAGAAUGAAAGUUGGAAGGGUGGAUCCCAAAGCUCCCGAAAACUCAGAUGUCUGUUCUAGAUGUCCCGAAGAUCAAUAUCCAAGCAUAGACCAAGAUCGAUGUAUUCCCAAGAAGAUAAACUUUCUCUCCUAUGAAGAACCAAAGGGGAUCUGUUUAGCUUUAGCUGCCAUUUCUUUCUUCACGAUCACACUCCUGAUACUAAGAAUUUAUAUUAAGCACAAAGAUACUCCCAUUGUCAAAGCCAACAACAAAGAUGUCACCUAUGCUCUCCUCAUUUCUCUCCUGCUUUGCUUCCUCUGUCCUUUCCUCUUCCUUGGAAGACCAAGCACCUUGACCUGCCUUCUCCGACAAUCUGCCUUUGGUAUCAUCUUCACCGUAGCAGUUUCUUGUGUGUUGGCCAAAACCAUCAAUGUGGUUGUAGCUUUCAUGGCCACCAAACCAGGGUCCAGCUUGAGGAAGUGGGUAGGAAAAAGAAUGACCACCUCCAUUGUCCUUUCCUGCUCCAUUAUCCAAAUGUGUAUCUGUACAGUGUGGUUAGGAACCGUUCCCCCAUUCCCAGAUUUGAACACCGAGUCAAUGACAGAUGAGAUCAUAAUAGAAUGCAAUGAAGGGUCUGUGGUUAUGUUUUAUAUUGUUUUGGGCUACAUAGGACUUCUGUCUUCCAUAAGCUUCACUGUAGCUUUCUUUGCCCGAAAGUUGCCAGACAGUUUUAAUGAAGCCAAAUUCAUCACCUUCAGCAUGAUGAUGUUUUGCAGUGUUUGGUUGUGUUUUGUUCCAACGUACCUGAGCACCAAAGGGAACUAUAUGGUAGCCGUGGAGAUUUUCUCGAUCUUGGCCUCCAGUGCUGGGUUACUGUGUUUUAUCUUUUUCCCCAAAUGCUACGUGAUUGUUCUGAGGCCUGAGCUGAACAAAAGAGAACAAGAAAACAUUAAAUAA